GUCAAGCCCACAUGUUCAUAAUUUUACCAUUGUACCCUGUUCUCUCUGCUACAGAUCAAAGAAGAAAGCCUAGGAGGAUGGGUCAAGGUACCUUAUCGUUGCUACUAAAUUCUACAUUUGUACCUUCAAAUCAAAUCCAAUUUCCAAUCUUUUUACUGUCUGGGAAAAUGGGUUUUCUACAAUCUUCACCCACUCCUCUGUUUCUCCUUCAAUCAAUCUUUAUUGGAUUCAGCCGUUUCUCUUAAUAAUUUGAUUGAUGGAAGAAUAGAGCCCAUUGCAUAUGGUUUCAAUUCUCAAAUUUCGCAGCAUCUUCUUCAUCACACUGGAAUCCACUAGCGGGCUAACUUAUGGUGCCUCGAGACAUUGUCAUUUUGCAUCAGAAGAUUGGGGUAAAAACCCCAAAUUGAUACCAAACGAGAAGCCAAAUAGGGUGGGGCUUUUCUGGGACUUGGACAAUAAACCACCCAACUCAAUCCCACCCUAUGAAGUUGCCAAUAAGCUUAGAGUAGCUGCAUCUUCCUUUGGGGUUGUUAGGUAUACGGUGGCUUAUGCAAAUAGCCACACUUUUAGCCAUGUUCCUCAAGUUGUUAGAGAGAGGAGAAAAGAGAGGCAACUGUUGAAUCGUUUAGAGAAUAAGGGUGUUAUCAAGCCAAAUGAACCUUAUCUUUGUCGUGUUUGUGGGAGGAAAUUUUAUACUAAUGAAAAGCUUGUUAACCAUUUCAAGCAACUGCAUGAGCGUGAGCAUGUGAAAAGGAUGAACCGAAUAGAGUCAGCUAGGGGGAGCAGGAGGGUGAAGUUGGUGGCUAAGUAUUCUAUGAAAAUGGAGAAGUAUAAGAAGGCUGCAAGUGCUGUUCUGACUCCCAAAGUUGGUUAUGGUUUGGCAGAUGAGCUAAAACGGGCAGGGUUUUGGGUUCAAACUGUGUUGGAUAAGCCACAAGCUGCAGAUCUUGCAUUGAAAAGUCACAUGGUGGAUAUCAUGGAUCAUAGGAGGGUUGAGUGUGUGGUACUUGUAUCUGAUGAUUCUGAUUUUGUUGAUGUGAUAAAGGAAGCAAGGCUAAGAUGUUUGAAGACUGUCGUCAUUGGUGAUACUGAUGAUGGUGUCUUGAAAAGGACUGCUGAUGCUGCCUUUUCUUGGGAGGAAAUUCUGAUGGGGAAGGCUAAAAAGGAGGCUGUUUCAGUUGUGAAAAACUGGAAGGAUCGUGAUAUCUUGAAAAGGUUAGAGUGGAGUUACAAUCCAGAUGUUGAUAAGAAGAAAUUGAAUCUGGAAGAUACCAUUGCCGAAUCAUUUGAAGAUGGUAAUAUGGAUGAUAUCUGUGGUGAAGCUGAUGAUGCCCAUAAGGACGACAAAGGUUCUUGGUGGGAAUUAGAUUCUGAUGAUGAUGUUCCAAAUGGACAGUCAAGCAAAUUAUCCAUCUUAUCUGUGAAUAGGAGAAGCUAACUUGACCUUUGACUUGGAAAACAGUUUUGUGUGCAGAAAUAGUAUGUUUGGUCAUCAAAUUUGUGAGGUAACAUUGUAACUUAGAAGUUAUGGAUGGUUGUGGUGACUCAGAAAAUGAAGCAGUAACUGAUGUAUGAUCUCUUUUGGUUCCCAGUCUUGACUUUGUCGCUUGCUUUAUUUUGUUUUGCUUAAUCAUGUGCUGGGAUAUCCCAUUCAACAACAGCUAUUUAAUCUUAAAAUCAGGAAUGUAGCUGUAUGAGUAGUAUUGAAAUAUUGUGGCAUGGUGCCUCCAUUUGAUCAUUUUGUUCCAUACACUGUAAUAGAAAUAGACAUCCUCAUUUUUAGAAUGUCAGAAUUUGAGAUGCAUGGUUUUCAUUGGUGUGUCAUCAAUGAUCAUUGGCUAAGUUGUAAUUGAUUUCUGUGUAGGUAAUUUGCCAUCAUGGCCAAUAAGGGAAAAAUGGUUUGGAACAACCAAGUGAUUUUGUCACGAACUUUAGUAUUCUGAUGGCAAAAUUAAAUGAUUUCAUAAUUAGUGACAACUUACUGCAGUUUUUUAUGGUUUUAGUUUGUUUACUUAAGCUAAUAUGCUUUCGUAAAACUUUGCAUCCUUUAGUAUUCUCUCACUUCUUCCUUCAAAAUAUUUUUAUCCGAUCUUCACGUUUGAUAACAGGGAUCAAUUUACGGGUACCAUUUGGCUGGCCCAAUUUCAAAGCCUUUUUAAGUUACCAUCUCAUCACAAAUGUAGAUCCAAAUCAUCUAGUUUGAAUUUAGUAAAUAUUCAC